AAAAUCUCCACUAAAAAAAUGAGGCAGAUUAUUCCCUUCAUUACACUUGUGUUGGUGGUGGGUCCCACUAACACCAUUAGUCACUAUGCUUAGAGAAGUAAUCAAGAUUACUUUAUACAAACAAGCUCAAAAAAAUUGCCUUUUUACAACGCUCCAAACUUUCCAUGAACAGUUAUAAAAGAUUUAUUUUUUUUGAAGUAAAAAGGCAAAGCAAAGAUCAAGAAUGGUAGUACUAUUUUCAAGAAAAUCUUGAAGACAAUAUAGUAAGCAGAUCAAGAAAAUGGAACUUACUAUAAAGAAAACAAAAUGGAUGUUUCCUUUAGCUUUUGCUGUUUUAGUUUCCUUUUUCUUAAUCAUUUUCACUCUUUCAACUAAAACCCCAUUUCAAAAAUCAUCCAAUAAAGCUAAAGUUCCAAUCUUUGUUGAAUCAAGAUUACAUAUAUCACCUACUAGGCCAAUUUCAACAAUACCAAGAUUGGCAUAUUUGAUAUCUGGUUCAAGUGGUGAUGGUGAGAGUAUAAAAAGGACAUUAAAGGCAUUGUACCAUCCAUUGAAUCAGUAUGUUGUACAUUUAGACCUUGAAGCACCAGCUGAUGAGAGGUUAGAGUUAGUGAAGUUUGUAAAAAGGGAACCUUUAUUUGUUGAAGUGGGAAAUGUGAGAGUUGUUGUGAGAUCUAAUUUGGUUACUUAUAGAGGACCUACUAUGGUUAGUAAUACACUUCAUGCUGCUGCUAUUUUGCUCAAGGAAGGUGGUGAGUGGGAUUGGUUUAUAAAUCUUAGUGCUUCUGAUUACCCUUUGGUGACACAAGAUGAUUUACUUCAUACUUUUUCAACCGUGCCAAGAGAACUUAAUUUUAUUGAGCAUACAAGUGACAUUGGAUGGAAGGAAUACCACAGAGCUAGACCUGUAAUAAUUGAUUCAGGGUUGUACAGCCUGAAUAAAUCCGAUCUCUUCUGGAUCCCACAGAAAAGGAGUAUGCCUACAGCAUUUAAACUGUUCACAGGCUCUGCUUGGACGAUGCUCUCUCGCCCCUUUAUAGAAUACCUUUUAUGGGGGUGGGAUAACCUCCCGAGGAUAGUCUUAAUGUACUAUGCCAACUUCCUUUCAACGCCUGAAGGAUAUUUCCACACUGUCAUUUGCAAUGCAGAAGAGUUCCAGGAUACUACUGUGAAUCACGACCUUCAUUUUAUAUCCUGGGACAACCCUCCAAAGCAACAUCCACAUGUUCUAACUCUUAGUGAUUACCAAAACAUGGUGGACAGCAAUGCAUCAUUUGCAAGAAAAUUCCGCAGGAAUGAGCCAGUGCUUGACAAGAUUGAUUCUGAACUCUUGGGGCGUAAAGCCGAUGGUUUUGUUCCUGGUAGUUGGUUUGAUGGUGGAGAUGCAAAUGCUACCAUCUCACAGUACAUUCUAAGAAACAUAACUUCACUGAGACCUGGAGCAGGUGCACAGAGACUAAAAAGUCUUAUAUCUGGUUUGUUGUCUGAUAAAGAUUUCGACUCUAAACACUGCCUCUAGUUCCCGACUUUUUGUUAGUGGCGCAUUAUAAUGGAAGUCUAUCGGUUGCAUAAGUUAGUUGAUCGUUGCUUACUGCCCUCGAAUAACGAUGUAAUGAGUGGGGGAUGGAGCAGCUAUACUUAUAUAUAGUGCUAUAAGGUUAAGUGAGGAGUAGAAAAUGUAAUGAUUUAUAGGAGCAAUUGCUUGUAAUUUUUUGUUGGCCAAAUGGCUGAGGGGAUGUUACUAUUAGUGAAUGAGGCACAUUCUUGAAAGACAUUAUUGAGUUUAUGCUAUAGUAAAUUCAAGAAUUUAAACAAUUCACAAUUA